AUGACGACUUCCGUCUCAUUCUCCGGAAAGACGAUAGCCAUAACUGGCGGCGGUUCAGGAAUCGGCCUUGCAAUCACUCGAGCUCUCCUGGACGCUGGCGCACGAGUCCAUGUCGCUGAUAUUGCAAAGGUACCCGAGGUCCUUCAAGGUAGGAGUGGACUCCAGUAUCAUGAUGAUUGCGAUAUCACACAGCGAGAAAGCUGCAAGAAGUUCAUGGACUCGAUCUCUGGUGACUUGGACGGGUUCGUCAAUUGUGCCGGAAUCUGCCCAACGGAGGGAAAGAUGGCGUCCGACGAGCUUUUCGGCCGCAUCAUGGCUAUCAACGUUACUGGAUCAUGGAACAUGGGAACCGAAGCCAUCAUGAAGAUGACCAAACAACCAGCCAAGAAUGCCGAAGGACUUCUGCCCGACACGUCAAGGACAGUCGGGGCCGGAAGUAUCGUCAAUAUUGCCAGCGGAGCUUCAUUGCGUGGUAUCGCAGGGCUAUCGGCGUACUGCACCUCAAAACAUGCCGUGCUCGGCAUGACUCGGUCAUGGGCCAAGGAGUGGCCAAGUUUGCGGAUAAAUGCCGUUGCGCCUGGCGUUACGGAUACGCCCUUGUCUCGGGGCAACACGAAUGCGACGGGCAACAAGGAAGAUCUCGAGAAGCUGGCGGCAAGCCUGUCGUCGAGGAUUCCCCUCGGCAGAAUGGCUUACGCGACAGAUAUUGCCGACGCAGUGUUGUUUGCUUUAUCAUCCUCGUCGAGCUUCAUGACUGGGCAGGUUAUACCAGUGAAUGGAGGAAGUGAUUAG